AGGCGCGUCUGCCGGCCGCCGCCUCUCUGCAGUCGUACGCUGCACUCCGGUCGGACGCUGCUGGCUUAGAUGAGGACGGAGGUCCACGCGAGCACAAAAGUGAAGUGCAGUUGAUGUUUAAUUCGGGAUCACUCCCCUCAACAUGAGGGGUCGUACCUAAGGUUGGAUAUAUAACACAUGCCGCCUGCUGCUGCAAGUUCAAUAUCCAUUUUUCUUUUUAAACCCCGAACACAACUGAGCGCAAUUACGCACGGCGAGUGCCAUGGCACCGAUUUUGGACAGACGUGCUCCCGCCUUGCUCUUGGUUUGGAGCUACUGCGUGCUGGCGGACACUGCGUUCACGAACUUCACUUUGGAUAACGAGUUCCACUCCAGUUUCAUCCACCGUCGCCUGAAGAGCCAGGAGCGCAGAGAGAUGCAGCGGGAGAUCCUGUCGAUCCUGGGGCUGCCGCACCGGCCGCGACCUCACCUCCACGGAAAGCACAACGCCGCCCCGAUGUUCAUGUUGGACUUGUACAACGCCAUGUCCACGGGGGGGGACGAGGACAGAUACUCGUACCCCUACAAGCCCGUCUUCACCACCCAGGGGCCCCCGAUAGCCAGCAUUCAAGACAACAACUUCUUGAACGACGCGGACAUGAUCAUGAGCUUCGUCAACUUGGUGGAACACGAUAAGGAAUUCCUACAGGUGAGGCGACAUCACAGAGAGUUCAGAUUCGACCUGUCACGGAUCCCGGAGGGCGAGGUGGUCACUGCUGCAGAGUUCCGCAUAUAUAAAGACUUCAUCCACGAACGCAUUGACAAUGAGACCUUCCGCAUCAGCGUCUACCAAGUGUUGGAGGAACACACUGACAGGGAGUCCGACUUGUUCCUGCUGGACUCUCGGGUGAUGUGGGCGGCCGAGGAGGGCUGGCUGGUGUUCGACGUGACGGCCACCAGUAACCACUGGGUCCUGAACCCCGGCAGGAACCUGGGCCUGCAGCUCGCCCUGGAGAGCACAAAGGGAGAGAGCAUCAACCCGCGCAUGGCGGGGCUGAUCGGCCGCAGCGGCCCUCAGAACAAACAGCCCUUCAUGGUGGCCUUCUUCAAAGCCACCGAGGUGCACCUGCGGAGCAUCCGCUCGGCGCAGGGGGGGGGCAAGCAGCGAAACCCCAACCGCUCCAAAGGGGCCAAGAGCCAGGAGGCCCUGAGAGUGGCCAAUGUGGCAGAAAACAGCAGCACUGAUCAGAAGCAGGCGUGCAAGAAGCACGAGCUCUACGUCAGCUUCAGCGACUUGGGGUGGCAGGACUGGAUCAUCGCUCCUGAAGGCUACGCGGCGUACUACUGCGAGGGAGAGUGUGCCUUCCCGCUGAACUCCUACAUGAACGCCACCAACCACGCCAUCGUGCAAACCCUAGUUCACUUCAUCAGCCCGGAGACGGUUCCCAAGCCCUGCUGUGCGCCCACACAGCUCCACGCCAUCUCCGUGCUCUACUUCGACGACAGCUCCAACGUCAUCCUCAAGAAAUACCGCAACAUGGUGGUCAGAGCGUGUGGCUGCCACUAGUUCGUCAGCGCGGGGACACGCACGCACACGCACACACACACACACACACACACACACGCACACAGGAGUAGAAAGGGCUUCCUCUGGCUGUCGGGCACCGUCUGACACAUAGAGGACUACAAAGUGUGCGAGAGGUCCUCGUCACACGUUGGAGUCUUGAGGUAAACCCGGAUGUUGUGUGUUCCACCACGAGCGCACAAACACACACACAGAUGAAACACGCACCCACACACACACACACACUCACGUCUGUGCUUUCUACUGUGUAUACAAUACGUUAAAAGCAGUGAUUGUGCUGUAUAUUCAUUCACAGUCAACAAUCUUUUGUUUAUUUCAAUAAAUUGUUAUUGUAGGUUAUUCUUUUACUGUAGAUCAUAUAUAUAGAUAUACAAAUAUAUAUCUAUAUAUAUGUAUAUAUAAUGUUCAUGACCCAGAUGGAUGUUCUGAAUUUCUUCUAUGUACAAUACCGUGUAAAUAGUUGUGUUUUUUUUUUUUCAAAACAAAGCAAGAGCUGUAUUUAUUUCCUAGCGUGUCCCUCUGGGUUGUGUUUUCUCCCGUUUGUAAUGCCGCCCGUUUUCACGAAACGACUUUGCCUCGUUCCGCCUCGCGUGCGCACCGCGCGCUCUACGGCGGCAGGUGAUUUUACCACAUUUACCUGGCGCACGUUUUUUACAGCUCGGUGCAGAGCGUCUUGUUCUGUGUGCGGGACAUUUUCAGGUUUUACACUCCUGUCACAUGUAAAAAGGUCUAUUUAUUAAGAGCCGACUACGGCGUUUUACGGCGUGCUCCAAUGUCUCAACCAUGCUGAACUGGUACAACAAUAAACUGGGAGAAAGGCAACAAAGACA